AUGAGAACUGGAUUGCUUGCCGUCAUCUUCCUCUUCCUCGAACGCUGGCGCCAUUACCAGGCCUUGACACAAACGUCGUUUCGACCGCAGCACCACAGGUUAACGCAACGAGCGCCCCCAUCCGCACUCUUUGCCACAGAACGAACACACACAACGCGCGCCGUCUUUCUCGCGACGUGUGUUGCCUCGGUGACGUUUCCCGGACACGCCUUUGACGGCGGUGUUGGAGGUCUCGGAAAGACUCGACCCGAAACGGGUGUACUUUUCUUUCCGGGAUCAUCUCCGUUCCAAAAUGCGGACGGUCUCGUCACGGCCGAGUUGGUGACGGCCGGCGCCUCCAAUCAACCCUACCGUGUCAGCUUUCGUACCCCGUGGCCACUGUUGCCGACCACAACAGGUCUCGAAUCACGUGACUUGCAAACAUCCGAGUCUGCCUUUGUACAGGUGCUGGAAAAUACCCCGCUGCCGACGUCCACCGCGAAUUUUGCCACGCUUGUACAGAAUUCCGUGCUGGCGUCACAAGGCAAGUUUGGUGCCUACGGCAGUCCGACCGACGUGAAAGUGAAACGACUAGACUCGGCCGUCGGCACCGGGUUGACGUAUUCCGUCCGCUUUGUUGCUUUGACUCCCGGUCAACGAGAAAGUGAGCGGCAACUGCUGAUCCGGUGCGUCCCGAUUGCGGACAGCUUGGUGUUGCUCCUGGCCGGCACGACGCGACAGCGAUUUGCCACACAACAAGGCACGCUGCGGGACAUUAUCGAUAGCCUGGAAGUCGUACCCACUCCCGUCCGGCCGCUACGCUAA